GGCUCCUCUAGGGCUUCACUAGGGUUUAAGCGCGCACCAAUGGCGACUUCCAGCGCUCGCUUGAUCGUGCAUGGCGCCGCCGCGGCAUCCAAGCCAGCUCCAUAUCCACCAGGUUCGCAUCCUCGCGCCUCGAUCUCCCUGCCAAGCGCCGCCAAUGCCAGCAGCAUCUGGGGCAGCAAGAGCAUCAAGCCCCAGCGCAUAGCUACAUUCUCUCCGGCGAUCAAGCCCGCGGCGCCCGUGAUCGCCAUGGCCGGGGACACACCGUCGCGUCAGAUCUCGGGCAAAUGCUUCGUGGUGCGUGACAAUAUCGACACCGAUCAGAUCAUUCCGGCCGAGUAUCUCACGCUCGUCCCCUCCAAGCCGGACGAGUAUGAGAAGCUGGGGAGCUACGCCAUGGCCGGGCUUCCGCCACACUAUGGACAGUUCAUGGAGCCCGGCAAGAGCAAGACCAAGUACUCGAUCAUCAUCGCCGGCUCCAACUUUGGCUGUGGCUCCUCCCGCGAGCACGCCCCGGUUGCUCUGGGAGCGUCCGGGAUCCAGGUGGUGGUGGCCGAGUCCUAUGCCAGGAUCUUCUUCCGGAACUCGGUGGCCACCGGCGAGAUGUAUCCCGUCGAGUGUGAAGCUCGCAUCUGUGACGAGUUCCACAACGGGGACGACGUGACCGUGGACAUGGAGCGCGACGUGGUGGUGAAUCACUCCACUGGAAAGGAGUACGCGCUCAAGCCGCUGGGCGAUGCCGCGCCGGUGAUCGAAGCUGGCGGGAUCUUUGCGUACGCGAGGCAGACUGGGAUGAUUCCUUCGGCAGCUUGACACGAAGGAGCUUAAAGUAGAAGAGUGUUGACAAGAUCCUCUGUAUUGCAUGGAGAGUGAAGGAAAAAGAAAGAGGUUUGCUCAAGUCAAGAUGUUUUUUCUAUGGUUCUGAUUCUGUCGUUGUGACUAAUACUGCCGGCUGUGCUGAAGUAUGAGAUCCACAGAUUUUUUGGGUGUGCCCCGUGGAACAAGCCAAGAGUCAAGUAGCAGUGAUUCCAACGGUGGUCCCGUCCAACAGUUCUGGGCUGUGCCGUGGGUGAUGCAAACGCUACUGCUUCUUGGGGAGCCGAAGAGCUAUUGGCAAGGUGUCUUAGUCUCUAAUGCCGGACACUAAUCGUGGAGGGGAUACUGCCAAGUGUUUUGAAAUGGCCAGGACAGCCUGGUGGUGCUGCUGUUGCGAGCAUGACGGGCCAAAUUAGUCGAUCGAGGUGGGGGCGAAAAAAAAAAGAGAGAAACUUCACGAGCUCGAGAUUAAAAUAAGUUCCAGACGCAUCGCAUCCCUUGAAGCUGACACCCGAGCAACCGCUCCGGAGACGAAUGAUCUCGAUCAACCAAAUGGUACUUCAUGAGUUCUGCUACUGAUCAAAUCAGGUGACUAAUGGCUCGAUCAACGUACAAACGUUUGCUACUGAUCAAACCGAUGAUUAACGCUCGAUCAAUGGUCAAACCAGCGUCCGACAGAAGAAACAUCCAGGAAGAUUCAACAGUGAGAAAACGUGCGGUUCAUAUGCGGGGGCGGUUGGCUCGAGAAAGUGAGAGAAUUCUUCGCGUUGUUGUCUUGUUUUAUUUUUUCUUUGUUAAGCUUUUUUUCAGUGUCUCAAAACAAAUCAAAGAAGGUUGGCUCUUCCCAUGGUCAUGGGCCAAGUUC